AUGGAUAAGAAAUUAUUAAUGAAUAACUUUUCUCUAAUUUGCUGUGCUCCUGCUCAAUUUUCCCAAUCAUUACAAGAUAUUAAAAAUGAAAUUGAAAGCAGGGGUUUUUCUGUCAUAAAAGCUUGGAAUUCUGAUAUUAUAACACUUAAGACUAUCUCUCAAGCUCUAGGGAUAAUUCAACCUCAUAUUCGUGCUGCUCAUGAUGGCAUUAUUAGUGAAUUAGACUCGAAAGAUUCUAGCUGGAAAAAUUUUAAGGAUCAAUAUCAAGGUACAUCAAAAGAAGUGGCUAUCUCUCCUCAUACUGAUGGUGCCUUUCUUGAAGGUAUGUUCCCAGCCCAAACUACAAUGGUAAAAAUUUGCCCCCCUAAGAUGCUUUUGCUCCAACCUAUUGAAUAUGAUGCUAAUGGUGGCGAAAUCAUACUUGUUGACGGCAAGAAAGUACUGGAAUCAAUAUUGACAGAAAGGCCAAAACUAGCUGAGAUUUUAAUGAAGCCUGGAUGCAUAGCAUUUUACAGGGAUGAUCUUAUGUCUAUGAAUUAUCCUGUCUAUAUGCGCAUGCAAGAUGAUAGCAUUCGCGUACAUUUUCGAUAUGAUUGGGCAACAUUUGCACCAUACUGGUCCCAUGACGCUGUAAAAUUUCUUCAUAAUAAUUAUCAUAUGAACCCAGCAUAUCAAGUUAAAGUUCUCCUUAAAGAAAAGGACCAUAUCUUAAUAUUGGAUAAUCAUAGAAUGUUGCAUGGCCGCAGCAAAUUUGCUGGAAAUCGUAAAUUACGUCGAGUUUGGUUAAAUGAUGAUAACCCUAUUAUUUUUAAAAAUGUGCAUGAUAUCUAUAAGAAUAAUCGUGCUACUAUCCCAUAUACACCUUAUAUACCAUUUAAUGAUGAUAAUGAAGUCAGUCCAGUUGCUAUUUUGUAUCAAGCACUACAACCUCCCAUAGUUAACGGAAUUCGGAAGCCACUAAAACCUGGAGGUUAUAGUGAUAGUGGAGCUGAUAUCGCAUAUUCAUUGAUAUCAAAUAACAUCCCUAUA